AUGUUUGAAAGUGUUGUUGCCAAAGUAUUGACAGCAACUCUUGGUGAUUACAUUGAAAAUUUAGAUAAACAAUCAUUGUCGGUUGGUGUGUGGAAUGGUAAAUUUAAACUGACAGAUUUGAUUGUUAAAAGAUCGGCACUUGAUUUGUUGGAUUUACCUUUUUCUGUUGUGAAUGGAACUGUUGGUUUGAUUGAAGCUGAUAUACCAUGGAAGAGUAUUUCAACUUCAUCAAUUAAAGUUCGAUUGAGUGAUAUCAUGUUGGUGGUUCAACCGAGGAGGUGUGAAAAAAUUGAUGAGACAAGUGAAAGGAAGAGACAACGAAUGGUGAAACAGAGAAAGUUAACACAAUAUGAAUUGAGAAGAAAAUCAGAGAAUGAAGUUUCGAAUGCUGCAAGCCAAGCAACAACAACAAAUCAAACAGAAGAAACCAAUGAAAAGAAUGAAAAGAACGAAAAGAAACAAGAAGGAUUUGUGUCAAGGUUGACUGAAACCAUUAUUAAUAAUCUUCAGAUUGAGAUUAAUAAUAUUCACGUUAGAUAUGAAGAUGAUUCUGAUGAAAGAUUCAAAGUGGUUAUGGGAGCAACACUUGAAUCUCUUUCCAUGUCAAGUUGUGAUGUCAAUUGGCAGGAAUCUUUCUUGGCCACAACAGCAAAAACCUUUUUUAAAAAGCUUACAUUGAGAAACUUAUCAGUUUACAUGAAUAAUAAUGAAACUGAAUUGUUUUCAUUGAUGAAGAAUGAUUUGGAUAAUAGAAAAUUCAUUGAACACAUGAGAAAUAUCAUUGUGGAGAAGAAGAAUUAUAGGAGAUUUGUUUUGAGUCCAGUGAAUGGAGAGUUAUUGUUAUGUAUGCAGAAGGAUGAAGCUUUGGAUUUAGAAAGGCCAAGAAUUAGUGCCGAGUUGAGGUUAGAAUCGGUGAAUGCAACACUGGACGAAAGGCAGUACAGAAAUAUUCAGUCAACUCUGGAUUAUAUUACUCAGUUUAUGGAAAAACCAUUCGAUAGACCAAUGUUUAAUUCUCAAAACGAAUGUCAACAAUAUUUAUCUCAAUCAACGGAUGAGAAAGUUACCCAAUUCAAAAAUUACAUGCUCAUGUUCAAGAGGAGUAAGAAAGUGGCCUGGCUACAACCAUUAACAAAAGAUGAAGCUGAAAAAUUAUUGGAAUUGGAAGAUUUCAUCCAUGUUGAUGACAUUAUGAAACUGAGAGAGGCAGCUUAUCUUGAAAUUCAAAUUGAGGAACAAAAGUACAAACAAAAGAAGAAGGAAUCAAGCUAUUGGUCCAAGUGGUUCGGUUCAAUUGAUAAGACUAUUGAAGUUACCGAAGAGGAUCGAGUGGAAUUUUCCAAGCUAUUUGGAUUGGAAGAAGAUAAGGGGCCAUCUUUUAUUCUUCCUCCACAUUUUGUGAAUUUUGCUCUUAAAGUUAAGAUUAACACUAUUGGAGUCAAGCUAAGGAAUGCAUCAACCAGAACUGCAGCACCUGAUUCGGUUGCAGUAUUUGAAUUGACUCAAUUAUUGGUCGAUUUCAAGUUAAGAGUGGAGGGUUUUAAUGUAGAGGUGAGUCUUGGAGGUGUAUCCGGAGUUGACAAUUUCUCUACAAGAAACGAACAGAGCAUUUCAGAAUAUUACAACUUUGUCAAAACCAAUUCUGUUGGAAAUUUUGUCGAGUUUAAAAUGGACUCUAAUCCUAUGAACGGAGUGGAGCAGAUGGAUUGCAAGGUUGGCAAUUUGAAUGUGGUGUUGAAUCUUUCUCUCAUUCAAAAGAUGUUGUCUAUUUUCAUUCUACCAAAAUAUUUACAAAGAAGUCAAUUUACAGCACCUUCAUUACCAGAUACUUUGAAAAUUACAAAAAAGAUACUCAAUGCUGAGCUAGAUAGUAUUAGUGUAAUCAUUCCUGAUACUCUUUCAGGUAAAGAAUACUUUCAAGCUCAUUUAGGACAUUCUAAAUUGACCAAAAUUAAUGAAAAGAUUGAUAUUUCAUUGACACCUAUCAAAUUGUUACACAUUGGAGAAGCAGAGGAUUUCACCAUUAUUCAGCCAACUGAUUUCUCAAUUUCUAUGGUACAGACAAUUGAUCAAAAUUUAAUAGAUGUCAAGUCCACUCCAUUAAUGGUUGAUGUUAAUCCUCAAGUGGUGACUCAAUUGGUUCGGUUAGGAGAUACUGUUUCUCAUUUCACCAACAAUCCAUUCGGUUCUUCAAAGGAGAGUAUUCUCAUUGUAAAUAAUGUGCAAAUGAAAUUACCAAAACAAGAGGAACUUUCGUCAGCUCAUAUCCAAUUACAUGACGAUGGUAGAUUGUUAGUUUUCAAGGAAGAAUCCAGUUUAGCUCCUUCACACAAUAUCUAUUUCAACACUGUCCAAUUCCAUACGGAAACUAAUAGUUUCAAAGUUGUGGAUUUUGAAUUUGUGCUUUCAAAUGCAAAAACAUUUGAAGAAUGGAAGAAAAACUUGGAAUCUCUAUUGAACAAGAGCAUUUCUAAAGCCCCACUUCCACCUGCCAUAGAAACAAUUGUAAAUUUCAGUCUGGAUAGUAUCGUACUGAGAGCUCUGAAUGAUUCUUCAUCGAGUGAAGUUGUUGCCAUGGCACAAGCUAAUGGGCUUCACACAAAUGUACUCGCGAGACCAAAUGAUAACCAGGUCAAGGUAACACUCCGAGAAAUCACACUCCACGAUGGAAAUCAAAGAAAAAUAUUCUUCUCAGAUCACAGUACGAAUAUUAUUGAGAUUAGUAUUAUUCUGUGCUCAAAUAAGGAAUCUGAAUUUGCAAGCCAACAUUCUUCUAAAAUGUUCCUGAAUAUCAAGCUUUCAGAUAUGAAUUUGAUUUUCAAUACUGGAAUUAUCACAAAAUUAUUCCUAUUUUCAAAGAAGAUUAAUUUUGAAAAGGAAAGUCCUAUUGUAAUGAUUACAGAAGAUGAUUCAGAGGAUAUUUUCAAACAUGAAAUGAAAUUACAAGGAGAAAUUUCUAAAAUCCUUGUCGAUUUGGAAAGAGAAGAUAGUUCCAAGUUGGCCAAUUUCUCGCUUUCCAGUUUGAAUGUAAAUCUUUAUAUGGGAAAGAAUAGUUUAUCGUGUGAAGGAGAUAUUGGUACUGCCUAUCUUUCACAACCUAAUUCUACAUCUACUUAUCCAUAUAUUCUUUCUCCAAAAUAUUUGGGCGAUCGCUCACUUAUUAGAUUUGCAUACAGUCAAACAGAUGAUGAGCCAGUAAUGAAUAUAGAAAAUUCAACCCGUGUUGUAAGAGGUUUCACCGAAAAGAAAUCACUAAAGCUUGCAAUGGCUUCAAUUCAAUUCAUAUUCAUCAGCCAAUUUAUUGAGGACAUUCAGAGUUAUUUCCAAGAUGGUCCACUAUGGGAAGCUUUGGAAAAUGGUGGAAAAAUGAUUAGUGACUAUUCAAAAGAAUUGAUUUCUCAACAGGAUAAGAAAUUGGAAAUUAUUUCUAUGGACAUUAAGGUGGAAGAUCCAGUUGUUAUUGCUCCAAUACAAGACAAUACUUUCACAGUUCACUUGGGAAAUAUCAGAUUAACCAAUAAGGGAGACUGGGUUGAGAAUGGAAUUCCAUGUGAUAGCUAUUCAAUGAUUUUCAAUAGGAUGAAUUUACAAACUAAAAUUAAUGGAAUUGAAAAGACAGUGACUUCUCCAUUCAAUGUUGCUCUUGGAUUGAAAAGAGUUCUCAAGAAGGAUCACUUUCCAAGCAUGUAUUUGGAUAUUGAAAUUGUACCAAAGGUUUUAUUCACUUUGGAACAUGCUCAGUAUUUACUCUUGUUUCAACUUAUUGAUUCUUUCAAUAAGAAACCAAGCGAAAGUAACGAAAAGAAACAAGCAGAAGAUUUGGAAAAGAAGGAUAGUCUAACACUAAUUGCUUUUAUUAGAAUCAAGUCCUUUGAGUUGGAUGUAAAAUCAGUAGCUGAGAAUACUGAUCUGGCCAAGUUGGAAGUUGAAGAUUUCCAAAUGAGAUAUUUCAAAGAACAAUCUGGAGACAAUAUGCAAUUCCUUGUCAAAUCAAUAAUUGGAACUGAUCUAAGAGCUGAAAAGAAUGAAUAUUUCACACAAUUUAUCACCACUCAUUCCAAAACUACCAAGUGCUUGUCAGGUUCAAUGAUUACAAGAGGAAAGAAGAAUGAAAUUUCCCUCCAGAUCAAUAAUCCAAUUGUUACAAUUAUUCCUCAAGUAUUUAAGGAGCUGCAAGAGUUCUUCUCCACAAUGAAACUUGCUACAGAACCUCAAGAGGAAAAGAAACCAGAAAAGGAAAUUAAGGAAGAUGAUUUAAUGAUAUCUGUCAAAUGUAACGAUAUUCGUGUAGCUCUUCCUGCCAAUAAUUUCAAUCAAUUAGCAUUCGUAAUGAGAUGCAAACAAUUCUCAAUGGAAGAUAUUCACAAUUUCAAUAUUCAUGAUUUGGAUCUUUCAUUCCAAAAGAAUAGAAACAAAUAUGAUGAGUACACCAACUAUAUUCUUCAUCCAAUUAGUUUGAAUGUGAGCUAUACGGAUACUUUAAUUAUUCAGACAACUAGGGCAAUUAAUAUUCGUAUUUCAACAAGUAUUAUUCACCAAAUUAGACAAGUUAUGGACAUGUUUACUUCUGAACUUUCCAAAAUCAAAAAGACAACUGAAACCAAAUUGCCACCUUAUCAAAUUAACAACUUGCCUAAUAAUAAGGUAGAUCUUUCGUAUUUCGCUAACUUUUUUGCAAGUUUCAACCAAGAAACCAGAUCUGAAACCUUUAAAUUUGAAGCAUAUCUAGUGUCAGGAAUUUCCAUUCUACUUGUCACUGAUCGAAAUGAAAUUGACUUGCCAGCUCUACAACUCGAUAUUGAACAAGCGAUCAUUUCUGAUUUCAUUAGAAUAUCCAACAUUCAACUAUUGUGCUUCAAUUUAAACUAUGGAGUUUGGGAAUCACUUGUGGAACCAUUCACAGUUUCUGGAUCUAGAAAAGGAAGCAAUUACAUUCUUGAUAUUCCAAAAUGUUUAUUGAAUUUCAAUAAGAAUACAUUCGAAAUAUUCAAAUCUAUAAUGGAAAGUAAGGAAAGAAGUGUCAUUACGAGAACUUUCUAUCCAACAAUUGUCAGAAACAUGCAUCCAACACCAAUUACUAUUAAUGAUCAAUUACUGGAAGAUGGUCAGGAAUAUAUUGUGCAGGGAGAAGUUUCUUCUAUUAGUUUCAUUAUUAAUAAUCAAACUUUCGUAUUCUCCUUAAAGAAGAAACCAGGAACACAUAUUCUAUCCUCUGAAUGUUUACUCACUGUGGAAAUUGUUGAUGGAACAAGUUAUUUUACCAUUCAUUCUUUGUAUUCCAUUGAGAAUCAAACAGAUGUCACCUUUGAAGUGUUGUACAAUUCGAAACGAUGUGGAAAACUUUCACCUAAUCAAGUGAAAUAUCUUCCAAAUGCUCCAUUUGACAAGACCAAUUUGAAAAUUAGACCAUCCUAUAGUGACGAGUACAUGAGUCCAACAUUCGAAGAUCAAAAUUCAUCUCAAUUCAUCUUUAUGAAUAAGACUUCCAGUUUCUAUUGUGAGUACGUGGAAGAUAUUGGACGAAACAUGAAAAAUUUCACAAUUUCUCCACCUCUCAAACUAGAAAAUAGAACUCCUAUUGAAUUGGACAUGGAAAUUAAUGGAAAGAAAUUUUCCUUACAAAAAGAAUCCUCACUCUAUUACUACUAUGCCAAUAAGGAUUUCUCUGUGAACAUUCUGACGAAUAAUCCUUCAUUUAGUGAUCAAUCAUUCAGUGCCACAACCAGCAAAACCAUGCAAAUUUGUACGAAUGGUAAAACUAUUCCUCAAAAGCAAGAACCUAAAAAAUCAAAAUCAUUUGCUGAGAUUGUCAUUCGUGCACCUUUUUGGAUUUUCAAUGAUUUGGAAUUACCUAUCAAUAUUAAUGGAAUUAAUAUUCUACCAUUCAAUUAUACUACUAUGAACAUCAAUAAUUUGACCAUUUGUAGAGAUGAUAAAAACAAAUUUACACCUAAUUUGGAUAAAAUUCCACAUGAUACCAUGGAUUUGUGGAAAUUAGGAGAUAAAAGAAUGGUUUACUAUUUGAGAGAAACUGAUGAGAGUAAAUACAUGUACCUCAGAGAAAGAUAUUACAUUAGAAACAAUACCAAAUUUGAUUUAAACAUUACUUUCGAGAAGAAUUCAUUCUCAGUCGCUGCAGGAAAGACACAACCUUAUUCACAUUACAAUGAUUCACUUCCUAAAAUGAAAAUCACUUUGGGAGAAGAGGAAAAUAUUGUGGAAACUAAAUGUCAACAGGAAUUGUCACUCAAAUUUGGAAAAUUCCUAAAUGCCAAGCUUUUACUUAAGGAACAGGAAGGUUCAAUGUUUGUGGUGAUUAAUGAAAUACUAUUGCCUGAAUUUUACGUGGUCAACUCUACAGAUUUGGAAAUUGUAAUUGAUAAGGAAGGAUUAGCUCCAAAAAAUAUCAAACCCUAUCUCAACAUGCCCCAAUCUGUUAUAAUUGACACCAUUUCAGAGAUUAUCACCCUUAAUAAGAUUACAAUGAAUAAGGAAACAAUGAAAAAGGUUGGAGAUGAAGAAAUUUAUUACACACUCAUUCCAUAUCAACAAGUAAUCAUUCUCCACAUUCACAAAAAGAAAAAGACUGAGGAGAAGGAUUAUGAACUGGCAGUAGAUGUUACUUUCUAUUCUAUUGGAAUUUCGAUUAUUGGUGAAAGUCAGGAAUUGGCUUUUAUUCAUUUUGAUCAAUUAUUUACUAAAUUUGGAAUGCUCAAUACUCAAUUUUGCGUUUAUACUAAAUUGCGUGGACUCCAAGUUGACGAUCACAAUGAACAAGAGGUCAACCCAGUUCAAUUUGUGAAUAUCAAUUCUUCAGAGCAGAGUUUCAUUGAAUUUACAAUAGAAAAGAAUGGAAACUAUUUUGAAACUGUUUCAGUAACUAUCAGAGAAAUGUUAUUUAGCUCUAACAAUAUUUUCAUUCAAAAGAUGAGUGACGUAUUCGCAAGUGCCAUGAAACAAAUGAAAGCAGUCCAAGAAACAAAACUAAAUCAAUUCUUGCAAUAUUUUGAAGUAGAGGAAAGUGAGAAAAUGUUCUUUGGAAAGUUUGAACUCAAUCCAUUGAAAGUCGAUGCUUCUUUCAAGGUGAAACCUUCCAAUGAUUUGAAAUACGAUUUGGUUUAUAUUCUUUCCUCUUAUGGAACUAAAUUUACACACAUUGAAAAUGCCAUAAUUAGAAUUUACGAUUUCAAACUUCCUCAAUCCUCAUUCGUUACCAUGCAAGAUGUUAUGGAAAGAGUUGGAAAACACUACAAACGUCAAAUCAAGUACAAUUUAUUGUCAAUUAUUGGAUCGUUGAAUACUUUUGGAAGUCCUAUUCAAUUAUUUGGUGAUUUGGCUUCAGGAGUUACUUCUCUAUUUUAUGAACCUGCAAAUGCCAUCACUGAAGGCCCACAUAUGUUCUUAUUGGGUGUUGGUAAGGGAUCUGUUGGAUUUAUUUCAAAUUCUGUCAAGGGAGUAACUGGUUUCACAUCAACAAUUACAGGAACAGUUGGAAAUACGCUUUCAAUCUUUACACUUGACAGAGAUUUCGUCGAGAAGAGAGACAGGAUUAUGGAAAGGAAACCUGCCAAUAUUUUCCAAGGUAUUGGACAAGGUAUGCAAGUUCUCUUCACAGGACUCAUUGAUGGAGGUGUUGGAAUUAUUGCUCAACCAAUUAAGGGAGCUAGAAAAGAGGGAGCUUUGGGAUUGGCUAAAGGAGUUGUUCUUGGAAUUGUUGGAAUUCCUACAAAGCCAGUAGUUGGUAUGAUUGAUUUUAGUAUCAAGCAAAUGCAAGGUAUUCGAAACUUUAAUCAAUCAUCACUUCACAAAAUUAGAGAAAAUCCAAGAAUGUUAUUUAACGGAGUGAUUAAACCAUACAAGGAAAAUAUGGAAUUGUUUUUGAGAUUAAUCCACAAAUCCCAACAAUCAAUAGAGUUUAAUAUUUUAAUUCCUUUAGGAAAGACCUUGGCAAUCACCAACAGACAUUUGCUCAUUCCACAAUCAACCAACUCUAAUGCACUUCAGGUUGUUGAAUUGAAUCAAGUGGAAGCUAUUGAACAAGUAGAUGAUGAUAAUGUCAAGAUUAGAGUGGCAAAUCAAACAAGUUAUUGUGUUUAUUUGAAUGUGGAGGCAGCUACUGUUCGUGCCUUGGUUGAUAAGAUGUUACGUGAGUUGAGUACUAAUUAA